GGCCUGCCUGGUGUCGGUGAGGUCAUCGGGAGGCGACGGGAGGCUGCGAAGAGGCGGAAGAGAGCUGGGAGGGUUAACAACAAGCGUCUCCCAGCAGAUCCCCUUUCUUCCCCGAGACGAUGCCCAAAGUGAAGAGGAGCAGAAAACCUCCCCCAGAUGGUUGGGAGUUGAUUGAACCAACUUUAGAUGAGCUGGAUCAAAAAAUGAGAGAGGCUGAGACUGAACCUCAUGAAGGGAAGAGGAAGGUGGAGUCUCUCUGGCCCAUCUUCAGAAUACAUCAUCAGAAAACACGCUACAUUUUUGAUCUUUUCUAUAAGAGGAAAGCCAUUAGCAGAGAGUUGUACGAUUACUGCAUCAAAGAAGGCUAUGCAGACAAAAACUUAAUUGCAAAGUGGAAGAAACAAGGGUAUGAAAACCUCUGCUGUUUGCGCUGCAUCCAGACUCGAGAUACUAACUUUGGAACCAACUGCAUUUGCCGGGUGCCCAAGAGCAAGCUGGAAGUGGGGAGAAUAAUUGAGUGCACUCACUGUGGCUGCCGAGGAUGCUCUGGAUGAAGAACUUUCUUCAAGCAACGCUACCCUUCUGAGAAAUUCCUAAAUGGCUCAUGUGGCAUCAGAGACUAUUCAAGGGAGCUGUGACUUCUCUUUCAUAACAAUCCUGCCAUGAGCGGAUCUCCUUCACACCUCACAAUGCAGAAAUAUUGAAUUGUAAAUGCAGUCGUGCGUAGUAACGUCCUGUCUAACCAUUUUAUUUUCAAAUAAAGUCUUGCCUACUUCA